UGACAAUUCCAAUUAUAAAUCGAUACUGAAUUUUAGCACAGGGUUGCGGUAGUAGUUAGUACCAAAGAAUGAGACCGCCGAAACUGUUUUGUGUAGGUUGCAUCAAUGAUUUUACUUACUCGAACGUCGGAUGGAUGGAUAGUUUCAGGAGCAGUGACCACCAAAUUGGCCAACUUGGUGGGACAUGCAUGGCCAGGAGGAGAAUUGAAGGCCUUUCAUUCAAUUCCUUUCAUCAACAAGCUUUGCUACAAUGAACCAAUGUCGACACGUUGUCCAAGGAGUUCGUUCACAUACAUUAGUGGUUGGUUGGCUUGACUUGGAUUGGAUUGGGAAGUAGGCAGUAGGCUUAUCGGAAUAAACGAGAAACCGACAGUUUAUGAAAACAGAAGAGAAUCAAUUAUGAACUUGAUUUGAUUCACACGUUUUGAACAAGCAAUACGCGCGGAAGAGAGAUUCUGUGUGGCUUGUGCUUUUAACAUAGACCACAACCUAACCUGCUAUUGCUAAGAUGCCGACAGGCUCUUCUUACUGAUCAAACACGGUUUACUGCCGCCGGUGGCGAUGGUGACUGCACUGUGGUCGUCGUGUCUCUGUUUCUUGUAUUCCACGCCGCCUUAUGAUGGUUGGCGGCCAUGCAACCUCAUUACCUCAGUGUUGUGUUGGUACCAAAAGUGAAUUCGUUCACGAAAUCGAGAGCCAAAACUGGUUCCUUCCUUCUUUCUUAGAACCAUGUGUUAUGGAUGUUGUCUCUUUGCUAUCUAACUAUGAUUGGACAACGUCUCUACAAGGACUGACUGUUUCAUGGAAUAGAAUUAGUGCCGUUUUGGCAACACCCCAACCAAGAGAGAAAUGGAGGCGGAGAGAUGUUAUGCAAAGCAAAGACAAUCUAUUUAACGAGAUUCGGGUCGAAAUGUGAGUACGAGUAGGUGGGAAAUGAUGAACCAUCGGACUUUUACUAAAAAAAGAGACGCUAAGUGUGAGGCACAAAAAUUCAACUAUAUUGGCUUCUUGGUUACAUACUUAGAAUUUCGUGACGACAAGAAACAUGACAUUUUUCACUUCUGACUUGAGUUUUAAAAGAUAUUUCUCAAUUUUAACAUCUGACUACAUACUAGACUCAAGACUCGAACGCUUAGAUGUGCUUAGGUACACGAGAUAACAAUGUUUGGUAUAUUAAAUGACAAGAAAAUAUAGGAAAAGAAGGGGAGGGACAUACAUGCCUUAUAUUCUCCCUGCAAUGAUAAUUGUUUACUCGAUUGAUCCUAUAUCCUAACACUUAAUGCUUAUCUAUCUAUACAUAAUAUUAUGGCAAUUCAAAAUUAAAUUUUUGCCACAUAAGCAUUUGGAGAGAUCUCAAGUUGCCAAGGUGGACAAUUUUUUUUAUAAAAAAAAAAGUUAUUGACCUAUUUAUGGAGUUGUCCAUCUCUCUUCAUUUAAUAUUUAAUUCUCUUUUAUCCAAUAAUUAUUUUUCUUUUGUUUUUGUAUUAUAUCUAUAAAUAAUAUAUGGAGAGAAAGGUUAUCAAACCGGUUUAGCAAGUGAAAUGGUUUUACCAGUGGUACAACUGGUUUGUGUCGGUUCAUGUCGGUUAAUAAAAUAUGUAAAAAUAUCAAAAACCAUUAAUAUCAAAUGAAUUUAAUCAUAUAUAAACCAUAUUUGAAGACAAUUUACGUACAAUUCAUAUUGAUAUUUAAUUUUGAAUUGCCAUAAUAUUAUGUAUAGAUGUACUCAUACUUAAAUUCACUAAAACAUAGGAAUCGUAUGUGCAAUAUUUAUAAUGUAUCCUAAGUUCACAUUACUAAUAUUUUCUCUAGGUCAUGUUGAUUGAGCAAUCUCUAUUAAGGUCUUACAUCAUAUGCUAAGAAAUUUUAUUUUCAGACUUGGAGUUAUUUAUUGUUAAAGAUUAUAAAUUGAAGUUUCCAAAAUGACUUGAGUAUAAUAGUUGAUGAACUUUGACUUCAUAUUCUAGGAUGAGACACGAGAUCCCUUGAAAAACGAAAUGUGUGAAAUUUAGAGAAAUCUUUGUUAAGGAUGUACGUUAAACAUCACAUUUCAUGCUAAGAAAAAUCUAAAUUCGACGAUUGAGGUAAUAAAUAAACAUUAAUGUUUUACUUCACAUAUAUAACAAAAAACAUUUAUAGUUACAAUAGUGUAAACCGAGCUAUAUAGUUGUGAGCCUGUGAUUUCAUACCAAAUUUUGGCAUAUCAUAUUCCACCCAAGGAGCUGAGUUCAAAGGUAUUAAUUAGUGUUGAAAGUAAAAUAAACUCUCAGUAUAUAUAUGUUUAGAUAUUAACAAUAGAUGUGUCUACAAUAC